UUGAAGCUCACCCACACCACACCGCACACUGAUGCAAAUCCCUGAUCCCUCUCCACUGUCCUCCUCCAUCAGUCUCGUGCCACCGCCACCGCCGCCGCCGCCAAUGGUUGCCGUCGUUGCUGCCGCUGAUUGUUGCUGUAUGCACUCCUCCAUCGCCUGAUAUAAUUGCCGCUGCUGCGCUCUAAUCUCACGAAUCACACAAUGUCGACCCCUCUGCCCUAAUAUCAAGACUGAGGAGUUUCGCAGUUGAGACUUGCAGGGAUAGAGAGGAACAAUGUCGAGUGGAAGAGACACCCAUUGGUGUUACAGAUGCGAGAGGCCAGUUCGACUUCGAGGGCAAGACAGCGUUUGCCCCAGCUGUAAUGGAGGAUUUGUUCAAGAACUGGAUGAGAUGAUGGGAGGCAGUACCCUUGAUUUCUUUGGAGCCAAUGAGAACGAAUAUCAUGACCGUAGGCUUGGACUCAUGGAGCUUUUCUCAAACUUCAUGAGGCAACGAGUGGUAGACAGAAACAAUAUCAGGGGAAGGUUGGAACCAAUUCCAGAUCAUGGUCCAGGAUUUGGUCCUUGGUUAAUCUUUGGUGGCCAAAUUCCUGUUAGAUUGUCUGGACAUGGUGGCUUUGAAGCCUUUUUUAAUGGGGUUCCUGGAAUUGGUGUGAGUAGGAGCAAUGGUGGUGAUUAUUUUGUUGGCCCUGGACUCGAAGAACUGUUCGAACAGCUUUCAGCAAAUGAUCGACAUGGGCCGCCCCCGGCAUCUAGAUCUUCAAUUGAUGCAAUGCCUGUUGUUAAAAUCACGCAAAGACAUCUCCGUUCGAAUUCACACUGUCCUGUUUGCCAAGACAAAUUUGAAUUAGGCUCAGAAGCAAGGCAAAUGCCAUGCGACCAUAUAUAUCAUUCAGACUGUAUAGUUCCCUGGCUAGUCCAGCACAACUCCUGCCCCGUUUGCCGCCAGGAACUGCCAGCACAAGGGUCGGGUAGUAGCCACAGCUCUUCUGGAAGCAACAAUCCUAGUAGAAACAGACGAGAGAGAGAGAAUAGUAGGAUGAAUCAAGGAAGAAGGAAUCCAUUUUCAAAUUUAUGGCCAUUCCGAACAUCAAGUUCGAGCUCUAACCAUAGCGCUACCACUGGAAACAGCUCACCAGCCCUGCAUGAGAGUAACCAACACCAAACGGGGUAUUCCGGGUGGCCUUUCGACUAGCAUUAAGGGUGUGUUCACAAACUUUUUUGUACCAGCUUGUGAUUUUAUUUAGCAUGAUGAGAAUAGUUCAGCCCCCUGCAGUCCACUCCUUUGUAUAAAGGUUAAUAAUGGACUUCCUGUGUGAUGUAGAUGACAUUUUCUAUGCCUUGUAGAAGCUUGCUCUGGUUCGGUUCGCAUAUGCAUCAUAUGUAUUAAUAUGGCGUCUCAACCGAUCCGAAACCCGCUAUUGUGUCUUCAUUCUCAAUAAUUUGUGUAAGUGAUCAUCAACACAUCUUUUGUGAAUGAUAGAAAGUUGAAAUGUGUCGAA